GCGGGAGGGGGGCGGGAGCCGGUCCCAGAAGAUGGCGGAGGCGGGGGAUUUCUGGUAGGUCCUCUUUUAGGACAAGAUGCUGUAACUGUAGGAUCACCGGCCUGCUUCGAUUCACAGACAUUUGGUUUUUCCGCUGGGAAGGCUUUUUUUUUUUUUUUUUUUUUUGUCUUGCCGGUUUACUGAACUUAUGAAACCAUGGCAGAAGGAAAGACAGAGUCGCCUGGGCCCAAAAAGCGUGGCCCCUAUAUUUCAUCUGUCACUAGCAGGAGCGUGAACUUGAUGAUUCGUGGAGUGGUGCUGUUUUUUAUUGGAGUGUUUCUUGCAUUAGUGUUAAAUUUACUUCAGAUUCAGAGAAAUGUGACACUCUUUCCGCCCGACGUGAUCGCGAGCAUCUUUUCUUCAGCGUGGUGGGUGCCGCCCUGCUGUGGCACAGCCUCAGCUGUGAUUGGGUUAUUAUACCCCUGCAUUGACAGGCAUCUAGGAGAACCACAUAAAUUUAAAAGAGAGUGGUCCAGUGUGAUGCGGUGCGUAGCCGUCUUUGUUGGUAUAAAUCAUGCCAGCGCUAAAGUGGAUUUUGAUAACAACAUACAGUUGUCUCUCACACUGGCUGCACUCUCCAUUGGACUGUGGUGGACAUUUGAUAGAUCUAGAAGUGGUUUUGGCCUUGGAGUAGGAAUUGCUUUCUUGGCAACCUUGGUCACUCAACUGCUAGUCUAUAAUGGUGUUUAUCAAUAUACAUCUCCAGAUUUUCUCUAUGUUCGCUCUUGGUUACCGUGUAUAUUUUUUGCUGGAGGCAUAACAAUGGGAAACAUUGGUCGACAACUGGCAAUGUAUGAAUGUAAAGUUAUCGCAGAAAAAUCUCAUCAGGAAUGAAGAAGGCAAAAAUAUAUCUUUUGUACAGAAAAACAAGCUGAAAAGGGCAUGAUAGCUAUACCAACAAAACGUCAGACUGUAAAAUUGCUAGGAUGCAGUUUUCCCCUUGAUUGGUGUAUAGGUGUGUGUGUGUGUGUGUGUGUGUGUGUGUGUGUGUGUGUGUGUAUGUGUGUGUGUUUAUAUAUAUGCAUAUGUAUAUACACAUAUAUGUAUAUAUACACAAGUAUAUACGUGUAUAUAUACAUAUAUAUGUAUAUAUUUACACACACAUACAUACACACAUAUGCACAUAUGCAUAUACAUGCACAUACGCAUAUAUUACUGCAAUCUGUGAUUGCUUCAUCUGUAAAUCAGUUACAAACCUUUAUGUAUUUGACUUAAAUAACUAUAAAAUAUAUAUGCACUACAUUAAAAACAUGUUCAUUAAUAGAUGAAAUUUUUAAAUUAAUUUUUUAAACAUACCAUAUAUUGUAUCACAAUGUUGAUGUGCCAAAAUAUUCUGUUAUUGUCAUGCAGAGUAUAAGAAUGCUUGAACUGUUAAUAAACUUAGUGAAAUAAAAUAGGAGGAAAGCCAAAAAAAAAAAAAAAGAAAAACAAAAAUGGAAAGCUGGCAUAUUCUCUUUUGCUUACUGUUGUGCCUUUUUAUUUUUCUAAUCACAGCAGUAUGAGCUAUGGGUGCCCUAAUGUGUGGUUAGUUUCUAUUUUAAUGUUGUCUCAGAGAGCUUUGGGUGUUUUAAUUUAUAAUGAAAAUGAACGUCUGUAGAACAUUUUCAAACCUGCAUUACUGGAGAGAGUCCAAAAAAGGGAUUACACUGGAGGUAAAAGUGUUGAGCAGGAGAGGUUAUCAGCAUUAAAUUGUUUUAAGUCUAAUCUGCGAGACUAUAUAUAAUUAAAAGAAGGUACCGUUGGGAAAUUUAGCUGGAAUGAAUGUGUUUUAGAAAUACAAAAAUGACCUUUUACAGUGCCACAAAGUGUUAAAUGAUAUUGUCAUUUGUAAUACAGAAUCCCAUUCCUUUUGCACAUGGAACACACAAAAAACCCCAAACUGAUCAAAAUGAAGUUUCUAAUUCUCCUGGGUUCUGUAAUCUGUUGGGCUCUGUAAAGCAAACCACAUUAGCCAGGCUGGGUCAUGUGACUGAUUAUCAUUGGAAUGCCAUCUGGGGAAUGGAUGAGCACAUCACUUUUUAGGUAUUCAUAUGCCCAUUAGUGAGUAGUUUAAGCCUGUUUAAGAAUGUACUGAGAUGGCAUAUUGUGCAUGUUAAAGAUCUUGAUAACAGUUUUGUGCAUCUCCUUCUAACACCUGGAACCAUGUAAGUGUGGUUUAAACAUAUUUUUAGCUAAAUUUUUUCCCAGUUUUUAUUGAUGGCAGUUGUCUGAUACAAAAGGGUGGAGCUUUCUGCUUACUGUGUGUGUGUGUGUGUGUGUGUGUGUGUGUGUGUGUGUGUGCGCGCGCACGUGCACUGCGUUGAGUGAGAGAGAGGAUGUACAUGUAAAAAUGUAUGUGCAUGUGCCCAUGCUCUCAUAAUACGUCAACUAGAUAUCUUGUAAUUUUUGGUUUUAAAACCAUUGCUAUCAGUCUGAGAUCUUGUAUGCCAAACUUUAAUCUGCUUUUACGUUUUAAGGCUGAAAGUGAGAAAAUCCUAAAAGGAUUUCAUAUUGAAUAUAUGUACACAAUCUUAACUAUAGUGGUGGUAAACAUACUACUAUAAUUUAUUAUUCUAUCUUCCAGAUAAUGUUAUUCAUUUAGAACAAAUAAGGUAUAUUUUUAGAAUCAACUUUGUAAGCACUAUAAAUCUUUAAUAAGUUAUAAGGUCUAUGAUGUGUUUACUUUGAAAAUUGCUGUUAAAAGCAAGAUGUAUUAAAUAUAUAAUUAUCA